AUGUCAAAUUUCAUGAGCGAAUAUGUCAACUGGGAUCAGUUUCUUUAUGAUUUACCAUUGAUGGUCACUGAACUCGGUAAACUGAUGUUGUUUUCGAAUAAACGCGAUUUCACACUGUUUAGAGAGGGUGUACAGUAUGAAUACAUCAAAUCACCAGAUUCGUUCAGAGCCACACUUGUUCAGCUCGGACACUCCGAGUGGACUGCACUCUACGCUGCACAUAAGAAUAUGGAUACAAUAAGAUUAAACACAUUAUCUGUUCCGGGCAUAUUCCGGCUCAUCUUCAAGAUCCUCCAUCAAGAGAAAUCAGUGAAGAAUCAAAACCUUUUGCGCGCUCAGUUAGAUCGAAUUAAGCAUUUCGCUGAAGAGAACCGUAAAGUUUGUGAGGAUUCGAUUGACAAAAUCAACGCUACAAUCAACCUCAUCAAUGAAAUACAGAUUGCAACGCUUUCUGCUCAAUCAGAUCAAAAAGAUAGGCUGAAUUUGUUGCUGAAGCAAAAAGCUGAAUAUGAAGCAAAAAGGAAUAACACAGAAGGAAUGUUAGGCGUGAUCAAUAAUGAUCUGCAAAACCAACUCGCUAACGUCAAGAAAUUGGAGAGAGACUAUGAAGAGGCCAAGAGAAGAUCUGAAGUUAAUUUCGGCGAGGUGUUUGGUUCGGCUGUGGUUGAUAUUCUGAAGUUUGCUCCGACACUAAUUUCAACAGUGAUGGCACCAAUGGGUAUGCCACCAUCGCCACAGCCAGAGCAACUACGUGUUCAGAAGAAGCCGAAGCAGGCAGAGGAGAAUGAGGAAAUCUUAGAAGUGAAUGUAAGAUAG